AUGCAGGGGCCCCCACCGGCAUCUCAGGCCUUAGUUACGGCGGGUGGUCCACCGUAUUUGCCGCAAUCAGCCGGUUUGGGGGGCAUACCGACCGUUUCCGUCGACGUUCCAAUAUGCUCUGUUUUUGUGGCAAUAUUCCUCGUGGCUGCUGUCAGUCAUAUGCGGCUUUUCAGAUUAAAUCUCUCUCGGGGCCAUAAAUUUAUCCCAUCUGCCGUUACCUUUGGUUUCUGCGUGGCGCGCACAGUUGCGAAUGUUUUACGAAUCGCAUGGGCCACACAUACAACAAAUUUCCGCCUUGCGAUUGCUGCACAGGUACUUGUUGCGGCAGGUGUUAUACUCUUGUUUAUUCUCAACUUACUCUAUGCUCAACGUAUGCUCCGCGCGAGCUGGCCACGGCUUGGCUGGUCCCGGGGAGGUUCCUAUCUUUUCAAAGCGCUAUACAUUCUUAUUGGAAUCACGCUUAUUAUGGUCAUUGUCGCAACCGUCCAGAGUUUUUAUACCCUCAACGCCAACACUCGCCGCAUAGACCGCAACCUGCAGCUCUAUGGCGGGAGCUACACGACAUUCAUUUCGUUCUUACCGCUCCCAAUACUGGUCUUCCUUUUCCUAACGCCUCGACCUGGUCAGCCACAGCCAGGUGAGUCGUUUGGAGCGGGUAGCUGGGGUGCGAAAGGUGUCAUUGUAGGUGCAGCGUCAGUUCUCCUUACGCUGGGAGCUGGAUUUCGACUAGGCAUAGCAGCUAUGCCGCCUCGACCUCUCUCGCACCCAGCUUGGUACCACCACAAAGUUUGCUUUUAUAUUUUCAAUUUUAGUCUCGAGGCGAUUGUCGUGUACUUGUAUUUAUUGGGACGGGUGGACCAGAGAUUUUUCGUCCCGGACGGGAGUUCAAAGGUGAGGUCAUACUCGGUAGAGGACGGGCGGAGCAAGGAAGAAGGUUCGAGUUCGAGUUCGAAGGCAGUCCAGGGCGAGAAAGGGGAAGGCCAGGUAGUAGAAGCAGCAGUCGAGAGCAAAUAG